AUGCGGCGCGGCCUCCUCAUCUUCCUCCUCAUAAACACAGCCAUCAUCCUCUUCCUCGUACGCAGCGUCUUCACCCUUCUCACCCUUCUCGUCGAGGAUGCCACAGACGAUGCCAUCCAGAAUGUCGAGCUACCCGGCGUCAACUCCAGCCUCAUCGACUUGCGCCCACAAUUGAUCCCCAAGAUCAUCCAUCAAACAUACAAGAACGAGAGCAUACCUGAGAUAUGGGUCGGCCCCCGAAACCGCUGCAUAGAGAUGCACCCUGACUACGAGUACAUGCUCUGGACGGAUGCGAAGUCCAGGGAGUUCAUCUCCGAACACUACCCUUGGUUCCUCACAACGUUCGACAACUAUCCGUUUCCCAUCCAACGAGCUGACUCGAUUCGCUACUUCAUCCUCGCCCACUAUGGGGGCACCUAUAUCGACCUGGACGACGGUUGCAAUCGGCGCCUUGACCCGCUGCUCUCAUACCCUGCCUGGGUUCGCCGCACGGCCCCAACCGGCAUUUCCAACGACGCCAUGGGCUCUGUCCCAAACCAUCCCUUCUUCUUGCGCGUCAUCAAAUCGCUGCAGGCAUACGACCGCGCUUGGGUCCUCCCGUACAUCACGGUCAUGUACUCGACCGGGCCGCUCUUCCUCUCGGUGAUUUGGAAGGAAUACAAGAACACCGACCCCGACGGCGUCAACCGGGUACGCGUCCUGCUUCAGGAUGCUUACAAUCGCCACUCAUGGAGCUUCUUUACCCACCACCCCGGCAGUAGCUGGCAUGGCGAAGACGCACAGCUGAUUUUCUGGAUGGGGAGCCACUGGAUGCUCAUCACCUUCUCCGGUUUCCUGGCUGCCGGUAUCGUCGGCCUAGCCCUCUGGCGGAUUUACCGCCGUGUGCUGUCAAUUGGGUCCAAGCACGCCCGCUACACACCUCUCGCAUCAGGCACAUCCUCACCGCGCCGCUCCAUGUCACCCUCCCGCCGAAAGAUGCGCAUCCUCCCGCUCUUCUUCCAACGGCCACAUGCCAAGAAGGAGGAUGAAGAGAUUGGCCCAGACUCGCCGUUCGAAUUGGGCAAUCGUCAGUAG